AGAUAAAGAUGUAUGGACAAACGAUUGGACAAGUGAACAUUUUUAGGUUUCUAGGUGUGUGGUUCGAUGAUAAAUUAACGUGGAAUAAGCAGAUUCAGAGGAUAGUUAUGAAAUGUAAAAAUAUUUUAAAUGUGAUGAGGUGUCUUACCUGGUCAGAAUGGGGAGCCAGCAGGCCUGCAAUGAAGAUUUGUUGGGGUAUUUUAGUAUCAUUCAUGUGGCACAUAGAGGGGUAAAGGGAAAUGAAACAGCAGAUAAAUUGGCAAAGCAAGCAUUGAACAGAUGUCUGUCAGAACAAGACAGAUAUUGUAUUUAGCAAAGCAGAAACUAAAUCAAUAAUCAAAAGAAACAUUAUUAAGGAAUGGCAGCACAGUUGGGACGCAGGAGGCACAGGAAGACAUCUGUAUGCUAUUCAGAAGGAAGUUGGCAAAGGGAGGAUAACAAGAGGAAGCACUGCAGAAGAAAAUAUAUUAACCAGAAUGAGGAUUGGACACACAAGGCUGAACAAAACAAUGCAACUAAUAAAUAAACACCCAACAGGACUAUUUGAACUCUGCAAUACAGCGGAAACUGUAGAACAUAUCAUUUGCCAUUGCCAGAAAUUCAUAAUUGAGAGUGACAGGCUGAAGAGGAAGCUUGGCAGUAGAGGAAAUCCAAUUAAAAGAUGCCUUGACCUUGGGGGCGAGAAAUGUACUGCAAUAUUUGAAAGAAACAGGAUUGAGUGGAAGGAUAUAGGUUAGGUUUAUUUGUUAUGUAUUUUAAAGGGAUAGAUCCGGUCCACACCCCAAUACAGUAGGUGGCGGUAAUGCACCUUUUGUUGGAUGCCAUCCGCCAUAAAGACGACGAGAAGAAGAAAUGCAGGCGAGCCUCACUUCGCUUCUGCUCAGCUCUCUCCUCUUGACACAAUGUCGAGACUCCGCGGUGUGAAACUGUUCGUGUACCAGCGGCUGACUGCAGCUGUCGACGAGAUACUCGGACACUUGGAGUCAACAAUAACCGAGUAUGAAGAAGAGAUGGAGUGCCGCCAUCGCAAGCUGCUACAUGCGGUUACCAACCCGGAGGAUGAUGUCCGCCUUCAUUCGCUUAUUAAGGAAGAGCAGCAGGAGUGGAGCCCGAGCCUGGACGAAGAGGACCCAGUGCGCCAACACAUUAAAGAGGAACAGGAGAUUUUCUGGCCUGGGACAGAGGUUGGAAGCCAGCUAUCAGGACUGCAGGUGGAGGAUGUCUUUGAGUUGCCAUUAACUGUCCUUGUGAAGAGUGAGGAGGUUGAAGAGAAACCUCAGUUCUUCCCGCUUCAUCAAAGACAAAAUGACAAAGACAGAGAAGCAGAGCCUCCGGCCAGCAGCUCAGCUGAACAGAUAACAGACGCAGAUGAAGAGGACCGUGGCAGAUCAGAACCAGACAGGGUUUUAGAACCUGGUUUGAAAUGUCUAUCUGGAACUGCUGACAAGACUUCACAGUGUUCUGGUGCUGUGACUGAAGACAGUGAUGAUGAUGAUUAUAGGAAGGAGAUCCGGAAACCUCAGACUGAUUUAAGUAUUAUGAAAAAAGUAAUUCCUGUAAGUGAUAUGGGACCUUAUACUGGCAAAAAGUCGUUUAGCUGCUCAAAAUGUGGUAAAAGAUUUGGCCAGAGGCACCAUCUUCAGACACACAUGAGAUGCCACACUGGAGAGAAACCCUUUAGUUGUUCUCUUUGUGGUAAAAGAUUUACCCAGAAGGGAAAUCUGACACAACACCUGACAGUCCACACAAGGGAGAAACCAUGUAGUUGUCCUGUUUGUGGCGAAAGAUUUGCACAAAAAGGAAAUCUGACCCAACACAUGACAGUCCACAAAAGAGAAAACUUUGUUGGUGAGAGAUUGACAAGGGGUUUCUAAGAAGCCUGAGGUGUGACUGUCUGAUAGACCUGAGCUGCUGUGGAAAAGUCCUUUUUUCUUAGGAAGGCUCCUAACCGGAAGUAUCUAAGUGGCCGCCAUGAUAAGAGCUGUUAGAAUUCUCUAAAUGCAAAGAAAAGGAGAUUCAAUGGUUCCUUUAAUUAGCUCCUUUAGCAUAGAAAACACUAAAUUCCUUGGCGAAAGGAAAGGAGAUAAUUGCGCCCCACAAUUCCUUGCGGAUCAUGUAAAUAACUCUUAGCAUAACUUGUAAAUACUUUCAGUAAUCUCUUAAACCUGCUGGCAAACUACAAACGUUACAUUGCUGUUGCUAAAAACUGCUGUGAACUGAUCAAACUGAUGUAUUGAUCUGUUCUCUAUGGUGUACUGCAGCCUCAGCCCUCAUUCUUUUAUUUGACUUUAGUUGCAGCUGCUUUGAUAAAAGGUUAAACUUGACAAGCUCUUCGGUGGGAAAGAGGAAUGUAGCAUUGAGUGCAGGAAUCCUGCUCCCUUCUGUCUAAGUCAUGUUACUGAUUAUCAUCUUGUGAAUCAACUGUUGUCACAUUACAAUAAAACACUAUCAAGUCAAGACUUCUUGGUCA